UAAGUUUUGUUGUUUCUUAGAUUUGCAAAAAUAGAAAAGCUUUCAUAUCGAUUGCCCUUUGACAUCCAACCACACCAUAUAAAAUAUCAAAAGACUCUGCAAUGGCAACAGGAGGAUGGCCAUAUCUGCAUCCAGCAAAAGCUCCACACCAAGGGCUUCAACUAUCAGAUCCUCUGCCAUUGUUUCAAACAUUUGGUCGCAACCCACAGCAGAUGGGAGAAGAAAUGAAAGUGUUCACUAACCUAUUCAGAACAGAACUCAAUCACGCAGGGCACUGGGAAUGCGCUAAAACAACUUACUUAAUCUACAUUACUAACGAUGGCAUAUCAACAACAAUACGAAACUUUAAUGGGAAACAUGCAGAGAUAACACUGAUUGAACGGCUGACGGAACGAUAUGUAAAGAAGACAGAGAUACCAAUGCAUGUUGACGUUUACAUAAACAAUAGUCCGUGCAAAGAAUGUGCCUCUGCUCUUAUUGAUUACCUUGGAAAAUGCCGGCAGUCUUACAUAAAUAUUUACUUUGCCAACCUUUACAAUAUUCGGCGAAAGUCCUGCAUCGAAAAAACAGAAAACCAUGUGCAGUUAGUAGAUAAGGCUGACAGUAUGGAAAAUUCUAACGGGUUAAGGAUGUUGUUGGACCAUAAACGCUGCACGCUACAGCCUUUCAACAAAGAGGCAUGGAAACAUUUGCUUAUGGCUCAUGGCUUUAUAGAAAAUCCUCAAGUAUUUGAUCAGAUGUACAUAUACCAUGCAAGGAAAGAAGGCGACGAUAGAAGUCGAGCAGAAGAAGACGUCCUUCUAGAAUACGACCUGGAAUACAUUGAAAAGGAAGAGGUAUUGUCUACGUCGGACUACAUAACAAUGGGCAGCCGGCAAUACUGCAUACCCCAAACAUAAAUAAACAAUUUAGUUGCGUCUCUUUGACAGGAAAAGAAGCAAGCUGGGCUUACCACCUCAAUCAUGCUACGGAAAUAUUUCAAUACAAAUCAUCUUUAAGUAUAUUACAUAUUUUCAUUAGAUUUACUCUGUAUAAGAUAUUCUUUUCAAAGUGAACAUCGCAUAUAUCAGCAUCAAACCACAGCAAUUCAAGAAUAUAUACAGUUCAAUGGUAAAAUUAAAGUUGACGAAAUAUUAAGAGCCCUGUAAAUCAUCCAUUCCUAUAGGGAAGCGUAGUUUCUUGAAUGAAUUUCCUUAGUCGUCAGUUAAUUUAAAUUGAAUUAUUGUUGAUAUUUGUUGAUACGGGAAAGGUCCUUAUAAGACUUAAACUAUAAAAACAAGUGAACAUACCAAAAAACUUUUUGAAAAAAUUUAAGAAUCUCUCAUGAUAAAAAAUUGCAUUAAUGCACACACAAUCGCUUCCAAAACUGAAAUGAGGAAUUUAUAAAUAAAGUGUUACAGUAAAGUUACUGUACCUGAUUGUUUUAAAUUUAAUUUAAGAUGAUAAAAAACGUUUUAUUUACUGAAAACAAUUAAUGUAUUAAUACCAUUAGGCAUUCAAAAGUGAAUGACAAUAAAUGUGUUAUCAUUAAACCACCACUCAAUUCAUUUACAGUUGAUAUCAGAGAAGUUCAUGAUCAUAAACAGUCGAAACGGCGUCGAAAUUGCACUAAUAACCUUUAUAGUCUUAACUGAACCUGUGUGCCAACACCGAAUAAUUUAUCUGACAUAUGCUUGAUCUCAUCUUAUUUAAUCUUAACCCAUUUUAUAUACCGAAAAGGAAAAUAAUUGCUAGCCUUGCUAGAAAUUAAGUGUAUUAUAAAGAAGAGGAAUCAUAAGUGCUGAACAUUACUAUUCUUUUUAGUAUUGUCCUGAUAUAGGCCAAAGUUGUCCGCCUUGUCAACCCACUUUUAAGAAGUGGUAUCCUAUAAGAUGAGGAUGCUGUUUGCUCAAAUUUGACUAUUUUAUAGAGCUUGCGUACAACAUACAAUAAAAAAAUGGGGUGUCCAUGCCCCAAUUUAAUACAAUCGCCCAUUGUUAUACUUCUAUCCUUCUGAUAAUCUAUGUCUCGUACAUUCAUUUCUAGCUACAUUUGGUUUCAUGAUUGCAUGCGCACAACCGUAAUUAUGCUCUAUAAGUUAACACAUGUACAUAUCUUCUAUUUUUUAUAUUUUAUACAUUUAAUACAUUAUUGUAAUAUAACAUUUUA